AUGGAGUCGAGGGUCAGGCCGGACUCCGCCUCGGCCGAGUUCGAAGUGGUGCAGGAAACGCCGCGCUUCCAGAGGGUCUACUGGACGAGGGAGCCGCAUCUUAGAAAGCUCUAUGGGCUGGCCGUCAUCUUGAUGGUGGCCUCAGCGACCACCGGGUACGAUGGCAUGCUGGUAAACACGUCGCAACAGAUCGACGCCUGGAACCACUUCUUCUUCCCCGAACUCAAGGACAAUCCGGAUCUCGUGGAUCCCGUGCUCGAUAGCAAGCUGGCCAUCCUUGUCAACAUGUUCAACAUUGGUUCCAUCGUCUCCUUCUUCAUCACACCCUACGUCGCCGACCACUUCGGCCGUAGGACGGCCAUCAUCAUUGGCUGUAUCUUCAUGAUUGGAGGCGGGUUCUUGACUGCUUUUGCCAAUGGCUACGGAAUGUUCAUGGGUGGACGUUUCGUCCUCGGCUUUGGCAACUCGCUCGCGCAGAUGGCCUCGCCUCUCUUGCUAACCGAGAUCUGCCACCCGCAGCACCGCGGCCCUGUCACAGCCAUCUACAACUGCUUGUGGAACGCCGGCGCGCUGCUCGUGUCAUGCAUCGCCUGGGGCACUGCCAACAUCAAGAACGAGUGGUCGUGGAGGUCCAUAACGCUGAUCCAGGUCGUCCCGUCGCUCAUCCAGCUCUGCGGCAUCUGGUGGAUUCCCGAGUCGCCCCGGUAUCUGGUCAACAAGGAGCGCCACCAGGAGGCGCUGCACAUUCUGACCAAGUGGCACGCCGGCGGCGACCCGCACAAUGCGACGGUGCAAUUUGAGUUCCGCGAGAUCAGGGAGACGAUCCGGAUCCAGAAGGAGACGGAGCGAUCUACCAGCUACCGCGACUUUCUGCGCACGCGCGGCAACCGCUGGCGCCUGGCCAUCAUUGUCUCGCUCGGCGUCAUCUCGCAGUACAGCGGCAACGCCCUCUUCUCCAACUACAUGAACGCCAUCUACAUUGGCGCCGGCAUCACCAACCAGAACCAGAAACUGGCCAUGUCGACGGGCAAGACCAUCCUCGACCUCAUCGUCACCAUCGCCGCCGCCCUCAACGUCGACCGGUUCGGUCGCCGGCCACUGUUUCUCAUCUCCAUGGUGGGCAUGGUCAUGUCGUUUGUCUGCUGGACCAUCACGGGCGCCAUCUACGAGAACUCGGGCGAGCUCGAUGUCCAGGCCGGCUACGCACAGCUCGUCUUUAUCUGGAUCUUUGGCAUCUUUUACGACAUUGGCUUUUCCGGGCUGCUGGUCGCCUAUGCGCUCGAGAUUCUCCCUUUCCACUUGCGUGCCAAGGGCAUGAUGAUUAUGAACAUCACCGUCCAGGCCAUGCUGGCCAUCUCCAAUCAAACAAACAAGCUCGCGUGGGAGAACUUGCCAAACCACUGGAACUUCAUGCUCUUCUACACGCUCUGGGAUCUUUGCGAGCUGGUCUUUGUGUGGUUCUUUUACGUCGAGACCAAGGGUCCCACGCUCGAGGAGAUUGCGCGCAUCUUCGACGGCGACGGCGCUGUCGCUCACAUUGACAUGAACGAGGUGCAAAAGGAUAUUUACGCCAUGGAAGACCGCGACCACGACAUGCUGCCGGGCCGAGCACUAUAA